AUGUACGAGCCGAAAACAUUGAAAGAAACGAUCAAACCGUUGAUGGUGAUGAACUUCAUCUUCGGCAUGGGUGUGACCGGUAUCGAGGCGGACAAACCCUUGAAGAAACUCGAAUAUUUCUACACGAUAUGCAAUCUGGGUAUACUUCAUUUCAUUAAUAAAUUCACCUUGCCCUAUUACGACAAGUACUAUGUCAUCAGCACGUUCAAUCUGAGCCGUUUUAUAUUUCAAUGGAUGUUCCACGCGAAUAUUUGGAUGAUAGGCCUGUUGAUCAUCAUUACCAGGAUAAAAGCACAGCAAUUACGGACAGUAGUGUCGCUUGUAGAAUUGAACGAUGAGAAAAUGGAAAACAUAGGAUUAUCACCGAAGCAUCGUUGCCUGAUGAUGUACCAGAUCAAAAAAUACAUAUUGCUUGGAAUGUACACGCUCAUAUUCGUCGUGUUGAUCUACUAUUGGCAUUACGAGUCGACCACACCAACGCUUAUUAAAUUAUGCCUUUCCAUUUUACCGAACAUUCCGUUCAUAGUGUUCGGCGUUAGCACCAUCUCCUUCUGCUUCUGGGUCACGUGCUUGAAAUUAAAGUUUCGUCAGUUGAACGAGUUGCUUCGCAGUAUGAGAGUAAUGGAGUCGCCACUGCACAAAAGGGUCUUGGAAAUGACGAACAAUUUCGAGAACAACAGAUUCACUUUGUACAGGAAUGAACACGUAAGAAGGAACACGAACACUAUAAGAGCAGUGAAGCAAAUCCAUCUGGAGAUAAUCAAGAUCGUGAUGCUUCUUAAUCAAACAUUCGGGAUACAGAUCCUGAUACAGAUGACGGUGUCGGUUGUGUUCACCACCAAUCUUCUCCACCUGUUGUACAGGAUCAUUUGGCAGCAUUUUACCAUAAACGAGCUCGUACAGGAAUUGAUCUCCGUUAUUUUCUGGAUAUUGAUCUACGGGACGCAAAUCUUGCACGUGAAUCACGUUUGUGCCAGCACCAACUCAGAGGCAGUAAACAUUGGCAACAUUAUCUGCGAGUUUUACGAGCCAUCCACCACCAAAGAAUUUCAAGCGGAGAUUCGAGAUUUCACUCUACAAUUGAUCCAAAAUCCAGUGAUAUUUACGGCAUACGGAUUCUUCAAUCUGGAUCACUCGUUCAUCCAAGGAGUGAUUGGAACGAUCACCACGUAUCUCGUAGUUAUGAUUCAAGUAGGAGACAUAACAAAUUCGGAAAAAUCGAUACUCUCAUGAAUCGUAUAAAUAUAUAUAUAUAUAUAUAUUUGAUAUCCAAUUUUUACUUAAUUUUACUCUUUAAAGAUAUCAAUUGUAUU